AUGUGCAUUAAACUGUGCCCAGGGAUGGCGGGCAUGGGAAGGCCCGUGUGGCAGGUGGAACAGCGGAAGCGUUCGGUGAUGGCGGUCCUGACGCUGUUGGUCCUGUGCGGAUUGGCAGCGGUUACGUUGGUGGAAGGAACGGGCAGCGUAAAGGAUGGCGAAUAUGAGAACACGCCACUGCAUCAUUCCGAAGCUGUACAGGGUACGGUCGGCCAGCUGGAGUGCAACAUCACGUCGCCAAUUACCGGUGACCGGGCGAUACUGGUGAUCUGGUACAAGGGUGCCCAAACGAUUCCUUUCUACACGUUCGAUGCUCGUGAUGUACGGGAAGGAUCACAUCGUAGCUCCAAUUCGUCCUUUGAUGGACGGACCAACUUUUACCCAAAUCGAACGCCAGCCAUGCUGGAGAUCCUGCAGACGAAGCCGACCGACAGCGGUAUCUACCGGUGUCGGGUCGAUUUCCAUAAAAGCCCUACGCGUAAUACACGCGUUCAGCUGACUGUUAUAGUGCCUCCGGAGAAGCUGCUGAUAGUGGACGAGAAAGGAUCGCACAUUCGUCACUACAUACUGGGACCGUACAAUGAGGGUGCUACAAUCAACAUUACUUGCAUCUCGACGGGCGGUCGCCCACUACCCAAGGUGCAAUGGUGGUACGAGAAUAAGGUCAUCAAUAAUACCUCCGUCGUGCUGUCGGAUAAGCGUGUCAAAAACACGCUCGUCCUGCAUCGACUAGAGCGGAAGCACCUGAAAUCAGUCUUCACCUGCCAGGCUGCUAACAACAACGUGACGAAUCCCAUAUCGGCCUCGAUAACGCUUGAUAUGAAUUUGCGACCACUCUCGGUACGGUUACAGGGUAAAAACCGACCCUUAUCAGCCAACCACACGUACGAUCUGCAGUGCGAAGUGCUCGGUUCGCGACCAGCCCCCACCAUUACCUGGUGGAAGGGCAGUACGCAAAUGCGCGGACAUCACGAAACGACGGACCCGGACGGUAACAUCACCGUAUCGAUACUGAGCUUUCGGCCCACCAUCGACGAUAAGGGCAAAUAUUUGUCCUGCCGGGCUGAGAUGGCCGUCAUACCGGAUGCUGGCAAGGAAGAUGGCUGGAAGCUUGACAUCUACCACGUUCCCGUGGUGACGCUCGAGUACGGUACGAACUACAACUACACCUCCUCCAUCCCGGAAGGGGUCGACGUGUACUUCGAGUGCAACAUCAAAUCCAACCCGUGGGUGUACAAAGUGAUCUGGCGCCAUUACGGCAAGGAGCUGGUCAACAAUCCUUCCGAAGGCGUUACCGUGUCGAAUCAGAGCCUGGUGCUGCAGAACGUUAGCCGUAGCCGGGCCGGACUGUACACAUGCGUCGGCAGCAACCGGGAGGGUGACGGCGAGAGCAACCCUGUCCAUCUGGACAUAAAGUUUGCGCCUGUAUGUCGACCAGGGCUGGUGACGACGUACAAUGUGGGCCGGAAUGAGCUGGCAAAGAUUGUGUGUGAGCUGGAGGCUAACCCAAGCAACGUUACGUUCACCUGGAAGUAUAACACCUCCGUGUCGGAGAGUUUGGAUAUUCCUGCAUCGGAAGUGCUGAGCGAUCGGACCAAAAGUGUGGCACAUUUCAAACCGGUGACGGAAAAGGACUACGGAACGUUGCUGUGCUGGGGCCGGAACGAAAUUGGCGCCCAAACGGAGCCUUGUUUGUUCAAUCUCAUACCGGCAGGAAAGCCGGAUCCACUGUCGAACUGUACGAUACUGAACCAGACGUUUGACAUGCUGCAGAUUGAAUGCCUGGAAGGCUAUGACGGUGGGCUGCCGCAGGUCUUCCAGAUCGAGCUGUACGUGAUCGGAAGCCGGCAGCAAAUAACUUCGAUUAAAUCAACAUCACCUUCGUUCGACCUGAAAGGACUCGAGCCCGGUGUGGGAUAUAACAUUAUUCUCACUGCCAAAAACUCCAAAGGUUCCAGUGAUCCCACCUACCUGCAGGCAUUCACGUUGAAAAAUCCCGAGAAACAAACGGAUUUAUCCCUCGUGUACCCGCCAGCCCUGCUGCAGAUCAAACCCUUCAUCGGUACGCUGCUCGGUGUGGUGGCUGCCCUCAUAUCGAUCGCCUCCAUCAUCGUGUGCGUGACGCGUCUUCGGGGAUCAGCGGGCCGGGAUCGUGACUGUGGGAGCAACAUGUCGACGAACGAUGCUUCCGGCAUCAGCCAGUCCAUCCCGGAUGCGGAUCUGGCCCGGGAACAGUGCAACGGUAGCAUCGACAGUAUCGAGAAGAACCCCGACAUCAUUCCACAAGCGAUACUAACGCACCGGCUGGAAGAAGACGAGAAAGCGUUCGAGUGGCUCAACAAUGCGGCCCAUCCUCGGCUUUACGCUACGGCUGCCAUGGCGGAACAGCAGAGUGGAGGCAUGUUGCCACCGACUGGGGCCGCUGCGACGUACGAUACGCGUGCAUUCUACGCCCUUGCACGGGACGCCCAACAGCAACAGCAGCAAUCGCAUCCACAGCAAAACUGCAUGCAGCAGACCGUCUACCCGGUUGCAUCGUCCGACGGGCAGAGUUACAUCCCGAUGCAUGGUACCAUCAUUUCGACGCCCAUCAUCGGUGGUUAUGGAAACGAUGGUCACAAGCACGAUUUGACCUACGCCGAUCUGACGGUGAGUGGUGGUGGUCCGGGUGGUGGUAUGCCAAAGCUCAAUCCUGGCCAACCGCAGAUGUACGUCAGUGCUACCCUGGGCCGUCCACGGCAGUCCGACAUCAAGCGGUCCGAGCCAACGAUCUAUGCCCAGAUCGAUUUGGCACAUCAUCCCGCCGUACACACGGGCAACCUAGUCUACACGAAUGCACCUCGUCAAUCGAUACCGAUUUCCCAUGCUACCGGGCUUCCGGUCAGCGGUGCCCACCUGCUACAGCAGCACUCGGUGUCGGUACAGUCACCACUUCAAAGGGCACCCGAUUCCGGCCAAUCGUCGCUGACCGAGCGCUAUCCACCGCCGCCCCUCUUCGGGGGCACACUUCCGGUUGGCAACCAACAGCACUGCUCUAACGAGCCGUUCUUUCACAUCCCUCCACUGCCUCCUUCACCACCCCCACCACCACCCAUUCCACCGCCAAAACCCACCAAAGGGGUUAGCUCGUUCAAAGCUUCGCUGGAAAAUGCUCUUUCAGAACAACAAUCCACUGUUAAGUCUCUUUUAAACUAA